CUCGGGAAAGCUGCAACAGGACGGGCCAUGCCGUCCGAGGGUCGCUGCUGGGAGACCCUACAGGCGCUACGCAGUUCCGACAAAGGUCGCCUCUGCUACCACCGCGACUGGUUACUGAGGGGCGAGGUGAGCAAUGGAUCCCGAGGCGGCUGUGGCCCUCAUCAACCCAUCUCCACACCCCAGGAUGUUUUAGAAGAAUGUAUCUCUAUUCCCAAGCUAUCUUCUUAUGCUGGAUGGGUGGUAGAUCAUGUCCUGCCCCAUUCACAAGAGAACCUAUCUCCCUCUGAGACUUCAACAUCCUCUAGAUCUACUUCAGGCCUAGACCAACCUUCAUUUGUUCCCAGAUCUCCCAUCAGAAGCCUUACCUUCUCACCAGCAUCCCCAGGAACACCACCACCAACAAAUGGAACCAAGGACAAACAUGAGUCCCAUCAUACAGAACCUUUGGCACUUCAGUCCUCCAGGGGCAUCAAAGUGGAAGGCUGCAUCCGAAUGUAUGAGCUGGUACACAGAAUGAAAGGAACAGAGGGCCUGAGGCAGUGGCAGGAGGAGCAGGAGAGGAAGGUGCGAGCCCUCUCUGAGAUGGCGUCCGAGCAGCUGAAGCGGUUUGAUGAACAGAAGGAACUGAAGCAUCAUAAAGAAUUCCAGGACCUGAGGGAAAUGAUGGAGAAGAGCUCCAGAGAAGCCCUGGGGCAGCAAGAGAAGCUGAAAGCUGAGCAUCGGCACCGAGCAAAGAUUCUCAACCUGAAGCUGCGGGAGGCAGAGCAGCAGCGCCUGAAGCAGCUGGAGCAGGAGCGGCUCCGGCGGGAGGAAGGCCAGGUCCGCCUGCGGAGCCUCUAUGCCCUGCAGGAGGAGCUGCUGCACCUCAACCAGCAGCUGGACCCCUCGAACCAGCACAAGGACCCGCUGAAGGUGGACCUGUCGGCCUUCCAGACGCGAGGCAACCAGCUGUGCGGCCUCAUCUCGAGCAUCAUUCGGGCCACUUCAGAGAACGGCUUUCCCACGGCGGAGGACCAAGCUGUGGCCGAGAGGGCGCUGCAGGAGAUGUGGGACCUCCUGACGAGUGCCAAGGCCUGUGAGGACAAGAGGCGGCAGGAUGAAGAGGAGGCCCAGGUGAAGCGGCAAGAGGCACAGAUGCAGCAGGGGCCAGAGGUCCACAAAGAGUGCCCCGCCCCCAGCCAGGGCCCAGGAGGGAAACAGAAUGGCCUCCAGGUGAAGGUACAAGACAGUACGAUGCAGUGGUACCAGCAACUGCAGGAGACCUCCAGUCAGUGUGUGCUAGCCUUUGAGGGCCUGACCAGCAGCAAAGACAGUCAGAUCAAAAAGAUAAAGAUGGACCUCCAGAAGGCUGCCACCAUCCCAGUGAGCCAGAUCUCCACGAUUGCAGGCUCCAAGCUGAAAGAGAUCUUUGACAAGAUCCACAGCCUGCUCUCUGGAAAACCUGUUCAAUCCGGUGGGCGCUCUGUGUCCAUCACACUGAACCCACAGGGCCUGGACUUUGUCCAGUACAAACUGGCAGAGAAAUUUGUGAAACAAGGAGAGGAGGAAGUGGCCUCUCAUCACGAAGCAGCGUUCCCCAUCGCGGUUGUGGCGUCUGGGAUCUGGGAGCUGCACCCGAGAGUGGGGGACCUCAUUCUGGCUCACCUGCACAAAAACUGUCCGUACUCCGUUCCCUUCUAUCCAGCUUUCAAGGAGGGAAUGGCUUUGGAAGACUACCAGAGGAUGCUUGGCUAUCAAGUGAAGGAUUCCAAGGUGGAGCAGCAGGACAACUUUCUAAAACGCAUGUCUGGGAUGAUCCGUCUCUAUGCUGCCAUCAUCCAGCUCCGGUGGCCGUAUGGAACCCGGCAAGAGGCUCACCCUCAUGGCUUAAACCAUGGCUGGCGCUGGUUGGCACAGAUAUUAAACAUGGAGCCCCUGUCAGAUGUGACAGCCACCCUCCUCUUUGACUUCUUAGAGGUGUGUGGGAAUGCCCUCAUGAAGCAGUAUCAGGCCCAGUUCUGGAAGAUGAUGCUUCUCAUCAAAGACGACUAUUUCCCCAGGAUAGAAGCCAUUACAAGCUCGGGACAGAUGGGUUCCUUCAUACGCCUCAAGCAGUUCUUAGAGAAAUGUUUGCAGCACAAGGAGAUUCCUGUCCCCAAGGGCUUUCUGACUUCCUCCUUCUGGCGUUCCUGAUGUCACUCCGCCACCCACCGUCACCAUUGUUGCAGUGGGGCAGUAAUGAAGCAGCUGAAUAUAUAUUGGGGAGAGCAAUGUCAGAUUUAGAAAUCUACCAAUGUGUAUUUUUAUAUAUUUAUACCUGUGACUAAGAAAGGAGAUUUUCAUGGGUCUCAAAAUCUAGGCGGUCUGAUGACUCUAUAAGGGAUCCACAUGACAGUGUGUGGAGUUGGCCUUUCUCACUUUUGCAGAAACUUUGAGAAGAGGUCUUUACAUAUGAUCCCAUUUUUUUAUUUUUAUUGAUUUUUCUAGCGAGAGAGGAAGGGGGAGAGAGAAAG